UGUUCUAAUUAAACGUAAGACUGUUACGGUAUGUGUCUAAAUUAAUUGAAAAAUGGCGAGGGUGAGUCCAGUCUUGUUUGUUUGGAGAGAGCUCUAAGUUACUGUCUAUGGUUUAACUUUAAAGCUUAGUGUGUACAUUGUCGUUCAGCUCAACGUGCUUGAAUAUUGCUCAUGGACUCUGACCUUUCUCAGUGGAUAAAGAAUCAUAAUCAGAAAGUUUACAACCAAAGAGAUAUGGAUCAGUUACAAAAACCAAUAUGGAUGUCUGAAGCGUGGUACCACGGUGCUGUUGACCGAGCCAGCACGGAGUCAUUGUUAGCAGGCAGAAGGCCAGGGCUGUUCUUAGUGCGAGACAGUAGCUCCUGCCCCGGAGACUAUGUCUUGUCUGUCAGUGAGAAUAGUAAAGUCAGUCACUACAUCAUCUCACGAAGAGGAGGGAUGUAUUUGAUAGGGGAUCAGUCAUUUGAGGAGCUCCCUGAAGUUAUUGAAUUCUAUAAGAAGCAUUUCCUAGAUACAACAACACUUACAGAAUGUGCUCCCAAUCCUCGUCCUAUGCAAACCACGGCUGGCCAAGCAGUUACUGAACAAAUUGAUUCAAGAGAUGCUCAACUCCCACCACCUGUCCCAGUCAUUGGCAGAUUACUAGCCAAGGGAAAGUUUGACUUUAAGUCGGAUGACCCAGAAGACCUUAGUUUCAAGAAGGGAGACAUCUUGACAGUGCUCAGGAAAGACGAGGAUGAGUGGUGGUUUGCACAACAUGAAAAUGGAAGGCAGGGAUCUAUUCCUGUUCCAUAUAUUCAAAUUGUGGAGGACAAUUCCCAACCCUUCCUAGCUAGAGCCAUUAUGGACAGAGAGUGUCCUUACGAUCAGACUGCUCUCUCGUUCAAAAGUGGUGAACUAAUUAUGGUUACAAAACAAAAUGAAAAUGGAGUGUGGGAAGGAGAACUGAAUGGGAGAAGAGGACAUUUUCCUUUCAAGUUAGUCGAAGUUGUGGAUGCCAAUAGUCACUGAAAUAGUCUUGAGUUAAGACUAGAUGAACACAAUAUCACGUCUGCCAUUUUAUGUUUGCUUACUGCCGUACAGUGUAUAAUAUAAUUGUGUAUCUGCAUCUGUACUGAUGAGAUCAUUCUUGUACUUUUUGAAUGUCAUAUGUCAGACCUUUCCUAUUAUUUAGCUAUUUGAUCUGAUUCCUAUUUUGUUGAUUCAUAAUUAUGCAAUACUAACAGCUAUUAAAAUG